AUGAAAAUGUACGGUUUUAUCAUCAGAAACUGUAGAAAUUUUAGCGAUAUAAGACCGAUUAAACUGCUGUAUCUAUCGCUAGUGCGAACAAAACUAGAAUAUUGUAGCUUAAUUUGGUAUCCCAUUUGUAAAUGUUAUAUGCAACAAAUUAAAAAGGUACAACGGAAACUGUUUAAUAUUGUAAGUUUAGAGUUAGGAAGAGUUACAUUUUCAGUUUCAUUUUUAUAUAAGUUGUUACACAACUGUAUUGACUGCAGUGAUAUAUUAGGUCAAAUUAGAUUUAUCGUCUACUACGGUAUUUACUUGUCCAGGUGCGAGAACAAAUAUGUUACUGAAGUCACCCAUUUAUAUUAUGUGCGAUAA